CCUAUUAACCACUCAUCCUCUUUUUCCUUCAAUUUAAACAUUUGUUAAACUAUCACAAUUUUCUUUUUUGCCAAAUGAACCCUAAUUAAACCCACUUGGUGGUGGUACUUACCUGAGCCGUUCGUCGUCGUUUUCUGCAAAACAAAAUUCAAAUAUCUUCGAUACCGUAAACACUAAGCAAGAAGAAGUGAAAGCGACGAAAAUGGUGAAGAUUUAUCAGAGUAAAGACUACUCCAGGUGCGGCCUAGAUGGGUUGUCUUUUAACUUCUAUAUGAGCCUACGCUUAGCAUUUCGGUUUAGGUUUCAAGCAAGUUUAAUUUCGUAUGGCUUCUUGGACAUAUAAUGUGUUUCUGAGCUUUCGAGGCGAGGACACUCGCAAUUCGUUUACCAGUCACCUCUAUGAAGCUCUAGCGCAGGCAGGGAUCAACGCGUUCAGGGAUAGUGAGGAGCUGCAAAGGGGAGUGGAAAUUUCGGAAGAGCUCUGUGAAGCAAUUGAUGGGUCGAGGUUUUUGGUUGUGGUGUUUUCCAAAAAUUAUGCAUCUUCUACAUGGUGCUUGGAGGAGCUUGUUCGGAUUAUGGGGUGCAUGGAGCGUCUUAAUGGGCAGAUGGUUUUGCCAGUGUUCUAUGAUGUGGAUCCUUCUGAAGUGCGAAAGCAAGAUGGGGGCUUUGGAGAAGCAUUCACUAAACAUGAAGAAAGAUUCAAGGAGGACUUGGAGAAGGUACAGAGAUGGAGAAAAGCUCUAACUGAAGCAGCCAACUUAUCUGGGUGGCAUUUGAAUCAGAGGUGUGAGUCUACAUUUAUCAAGAAUGUAGUUCAAGAGAUAUUGGAUAAGAUUAACAGCACACUCUUAACAAUUGCCACAAACCCGGUUGGGAUUGAUUCCCAUAUUCAACAACUAGAGUCUGUGUUAGGUCUUGAGUUUGAUGAUGUCCGCAUGAUCGGAAUUUAUGGCCUUGGUGGAAUAGGCAAGACAACCAUUGCAAAAGCUAUUUAUAACUCGAUUGCCAAUCGCUUUGAUGGUUGCAGUUUUCUUCCCAAUGUAAGAGAAAAAUGUGGUUUCUCAAUGCAUGAUGGGCUAGUUAAAUUGCAAGAGUUACUUCUCCAAGACAUCUUGCUGGUUAAAAUGCAUUGGUCUAUAAAUUUUGUUGACAGAGGAACUAAUAUCUUGAGGGAUAGACUAAGAAACAAAAAAGUCCUUAUUGUUCUUGAUGAUGUGGAUAAUAUAUUCCAUCUUGAAAAAUUAGCAGGAAAUGUAGAUUGGUUUGGUCCUGGAAGCAGAAUUAUCAUAACAACUAGAAAUAAGCAACUGCUAGAUGCCCAUGGGAUUUACUUGACCUACAAGGUUGAUGGAUUAAACCAUGAAGAUGCGCUUAAGCUUUUUUGUUGGAACGCAUUUAAGAAAUCUGAUCCUGAUGUGAACUUUGACGAGCUUUCAGAUGCUGUAGUUAGAUAUGCAGAUGGACAUCCCCUUGCUCUUACUGUUGUAGGGGCUUCUCUAUGUGGUUGGAACAAAGCUCAAUGGGAAAGUGAGUUACAAAAGUUGCGAAGGAUUCCAAAACAGGAUGUUCAGAAUAUACUUAAGCUAAGUUUUGAUGGACUUGAUGAUCUUCAGAAGGAAAUUUUUCUGGAUAUUGCUUGCUUCUUCAAAGGGGAGGAAGUAGGAUGUGUAAUGAGUUUUUUAGAUGCUUGCGGUCUCAUAUGUACUGAAAGCAAUACAUUCCAAAUGCAUGACAUGAUUCAAUUAAUGGGCAGAUAGAUAGUUCGUCAAGAAUCUCCCUUCGAUCUUGGAAGACGUAGUAGAUUGUGGUUUCAUGAAGAUGUUCUUCAAGUGCUAAAUGAAGAUCAUGAGGGAACACUUGCAGUUCAAGGGAUAUAUUUAAAUAUGCCCAAUGUAGAAGUGUGUUUACAGACUGAAAUCUUUUCCAAGAUUAAAAAUCUGAGGUUGCUCAUAAUACGUGAGGCUAAUGUCAUUGGGAGUCCUCAGUAUCUUUCAAAUAAGUUAAAGUGGCUGGAAUGGGCUGGACCAUGUUCUAUAGCACCGCCAUCAACUUUUUAUCCACAGAAACUUGUGGUACUCAACAUCCAACAUUCCUCUAUUAAGAAAUUCGGAAUUGGACUCAAGGGUUUCAAAAAUCUAAGGUACUUAAAUUUCAAUGGUUGUGAAACGUUGACUGAAAUUUGUGAUAUAUCGGUGAUGCCGAAUCUUGUCAUUUUAGACCUUCAGCAAUGCUCUAACCUUGAGUUUUUCUCAAGUGGUCUGAAAUCGAAAUCUCUCGAGGUUCUCAAUCUUGGACAUUGCUAUAAGCUCAUAAAGUUCCCUGAUGUUGUCGAAGAAAUGGAAUGCCUUAAUAUAAUCGACUUAAGAGCAUCUGGUAUCACAGAGCUGCCUACAUCUAUUGAAAAUAUUACUGGUCUUCGAUUCCUAAACCUGGAUUUCUGUGAGCACUUGGUGCUUCUUCCCAGUAGUAUCUACAGGCUUAAGAAUCUUGAUUAUAUUGGAUUAAACGCCUGCUUUAGGCUGUUAAAAUUUCCACAGCGUUUGAAUUCCGCAGUGGUUUCUUCUAAUUUAUUGAAAUUGGACUGGAUUAUGCCUUUCAACCACUUCUAUUCAUCAGUAAUUUUGACUUUUAAAGAGAGGAAGCUUCCCAUGGGGAUGAGCAAGUUUGAUGGGCACAAUUCAUUGUCAACGAUGGACGUUGCAAAGUUUUCUGACAUCAAAAUAAUCCCCAAAAAUGAUUACUUGCAGCGAAACUGGGUAGAAGUGUGUAUGCGCCAGGUUAGUCUUUCUUUGUCUUUUUUAUGGCAUCUAUAAAAAUGAUCUUAGAAUUAGUGAUUUUGUCACGAGUGAAAGUUAUUUUAACCAUGUCGAAAUUGUUCUAAAAAAUGCUCUUAAUAUCUUAGUUCUUAUAAAUCAUGACUGUUAAACCUAAUGGAACAUUUUGUUAAGCUGUUUGAAAACAUAUAAAUAUUUUUCUUUGCAUUGUAAUUUGCUUCACUAGCAUAGCAUUAUAUAGGCAGACUUUUCUUUUCAUUGAGUUAGAUUUUCUUAGUUAAGCGUCAAAGAGUUGAAAAAUGAUAGUUUUCUUUUACUGCGAUGUUGUCCUUGUAUACUUGAUAAUGUCUAAUAAUUUCUCUCUAAAGUAUAAAGAUGACAUGGCAGGCUAUGAACAAGCACAAACAGGUUGAAUUUACGCUACUUGGAAAUGAGAUUGCAAACUCAUUUAUGAACAAGCAUAUCUGCCUUCGAUUGCCAUUUCACAAGUAUAACCAUCUUUUGGGGAUAAUAUUUUGUGUUGUUAAGAAUAGGAAGGGUUUUGUGCUACUCUUUCGAGGUUGAGAUUAACUCCAAACGUGUCGGUGAGGUAGAAUUAUUUGAUGAUUGGUUCUAUAAAUUUGAUAACGUGUGAGUCUCUUAUUUUCCUCUUAGAGUCGAUAUAUACCAAAGUUGUAUGAAGUACUAAAAGGCAACACGAGUCAUUUUAAGAUUACAGUUCUUCAAGUUGAAGAUGACAAUUCAAUUGAAGAAGUAGCAAUAAUUAAAUCGCCAGUGAAAAAAUUUGGAGUUCGUUUCAUGAGCAGUGAUGGAGAAGAUGAGGAAGCAUAUACUUGCAAUGGAAAGAAGAUGGUGAUGGAGAGGGAAUAUGAAGAGAAAUGAAAAGAGAAGCAAAAUAUAGUCCAAAUAAAAGAACUGAAAUUGCAUUGCAAUCAUGUAUAUGUUUUUUUUGUUUUUGCAAAACGGUCUUAUUCUAGAGUUGUGUUAGUUGGAAAGUAUUCUAAUAAUUAUUGUUGGGAGUAUGGUUUGAUCGGUGAUAUCUUUUUCUUCCUUGGGAAC